GUGGUUGAAACGCCAGCCUUCUGCGCACCCAGUAUUCGCCUGUAGGCUCCUCGUGCCAGCAGAAAGACGUCUCCUAUCGGUUGCGCCCCGAAGUCGUAUACCACAAGCCUUGUCCCAUAGCCUGCACCCCACAAGGGGCACUCCGCGAGCGUCAGGAGAAAGCCAAUCUUUGGGGUCCGCGCCCGCCCCCGUGGCCCCCAGGAAGACUCCGGAGGCCUCGCCGCCCCGUCCGCAGCUCAGAGCUUCGGCCCGCCUGCGCUGGCCCGCCUGGCAUGGCCGAGGGCCAGGACCGCUCUGCCCGGCUCGACCACCUGACGGGAGCGCGGGCCCUCUGUGCCAUAUGGAUCGUGUGCUGCCACUUCGUGCCGCCCGAGCCCGCAGGCCCGCUGGCGGCGGCCAGGAACCGCGGGAACGCGGGCGUUUGCUUCUUCGUCGUGCUCAGCGGCUUCAUCACCCAGGAGGUGGGUCUACGCCGCGAAGGCCGCGGCGGGCGCAGAGCAGGUCCUCGCCUACCUCGCCCGGCGGGUGUGCCGGGUCCUGCUGACCACCUGGGUGGCUAUGUUCUGCGGGCUGCUGGUGGUCCUGGUGCAGCGCCGGGCGAGGGAGCACCUGCUCCCGGAUGGCGCCUACCUGGCGCGGUGCUUCCUGCUCGUGGAGCCGUGGGUCGACCCCUUCCACUGGUGCCCCAACGGCCAGACGUGGACGGUCGCGGCGCUGCUGCCCUCCUGGCUCCUCUUCCCCCUGACGUGCCGCGCGCUGGCCGCCGCCGAGCUGCGGGGCGGGGCGGGCGGGCUGCUGCUGCUGGCCGCGCUCCUCUGGUUCGCGUCCGCCGGGCCGCUGCUGGCGCUCUUCCUGCUCCAGGGCAUGUGGGUCACGGGCGACCAUCCAUGUGGGGCUACAUCUGGCCCCCCUCCCAGCUCGCAGACUUCGCUGUCGGGGCCGCGUGCGCCGCGCUCGCGCGGCGCUGCAGCGCCGCCGGCCUCCCCCACGGGCGGUGCGGCGUUGUCGCUCACGCGGCCCUCGCAGACGCAUCCGCCGUGGUCGCGGCCGCGCUCGUGCUGGCGGUGCCCAGCGGUGGCGAGCGGGAGGGCUGGGAGGCCCUGUUCAGUCACGGCCUCACGCCUCUGUACGCGGCCUUCCUGUUCGGGUCGUGCGCGCGCGGCAGCGCGGGCCUGGCCGCGUCGCUGCUGAGCCACGGGGCGCUGGUGGGGCUGGGGGAGUACAGCCUGGAGGCUUACCUCUUCCAGUGGCCCAUGCACGAGGUCUUCGUCGCCCUCGGCGACGUCACGGGCGCGUUCAGCAUGAGGCAGCGGGUGAACGACAACGCCUGCGGGUUCCUCGCCUUCGCGGUGUGCCUGUGGAUCUUCUCCGCCGCCUACGCGGAGUUUGUGGAGGCGCCCCUCGUGCGCUGGCUGCGCGGGCCGGGCGACGACGCCGCGGGCCAGCGCACCUCCUACGGCCUCCUCGGGGCGCAGACGCCCACGCAGGCCGAGCGCGGCGGCGAGGCCGCGGCGGCCGGUUAGCUGUCGAGGGGAGCUGGCGGCGUGACGGGGCGGGCGAGCUUUGCAGGCGGCGGCGGCCGCCGCCCAAGGCGGCAAAGGCGGCGGCAAGGCCUCGUCGUCGGCGCGGAAGAAGGUUUUUGGAGGCUUUCGGAGGCCGUGGGAGGCCUCGGCGCGGUCGACCGGGGGAUCUGCGAUGGCGGUCCUCGGCUAGACGAGCGUUUUUUUUCCUGGGCGGUAUCCAGAGUUACCCAGGGGUGGGAGGGGCGUGUACGUCUCUUUGCAGCCAGAGCGGGCAUUUUCCAACCAGCAUUGGUUUUCCAGGAAGGUCGUCUUACAACCAGGAAAGGCAUUUUCUAACCACGCAACUAAAGUCAAUUUAAACAGGGUUUUCAUCUAAUUGCAGUUCUCCGUCGCCCCGCAUAAGGAACGCAUUUUGCUGCCUGACGCGUGUUGAUUGUACAGUGAUUCGUCCUGGAUGAGUUGCAAACUCAGAGGUCUGGUUGCGAAGGAACUUGCCACAUGGAGUGAGACGGCGAAGUGUAGGAGCAAAGAGAAUAAGCAA